UUCAAUUUUUAGUUUAAUAUUAAUAAAUACUCAGCAAAUACAACAUAGUCAAUAUGAAAUCGGCAACAAAUAUGAGAUUUAUUUUAUUCACUUCAACGUUAUUAUAUCUUAUCGGAGCAUCACACGGAUGUCAUGUUGGGCACAAACGAAGAAGGAUGUUCGAAAGCAAAGAUCGAUUAAUUCGAUAUUUCUCAGAAUGCAUGACUUCGAUGGCAGGAACAAAGUAUAGAUGGGAGGCAAUUGUGCGAUUUUCAAUCUACGACACGGAAUGGUAUCCUUCAUCUGGAAAUCAAUUUUGCAGUAAAAAACAGGACACAUAUGACUGCUGGAAAAGCCAAGUAGACUUUCUUAUUGACCCAUCAUCUAUUUACGGACUUUUUCUAAAAGAUUGUAUCAAAAAGUAUACGGAUGAACAAAUGCGAUCAAUCGAUUACAUUCUGGAAGAUGACUCCGACUAUUUGCAAGUGGUGCGAUCUGGGCGAGCGAAACGUGCAAUCUCAUACAAGGAUUUCCUGGUUUUGCUUAUGUCCACGUGGAGGCAAAAAAUGCAGCAACAAACUAGAUCUGGAUUAUCUCAAGUGCAUAUGAACAACAAUAUCCGUUCCCCUUUGCCCGUUUUACACUCACCGUCGCCUGUUGUAGUUUCAGCACCAGCUGUUGCACGUUCACCAUCACUCGUUCCACAAACUCCACCGCCUCCUGCAAUGAAUAUUCCACCAGUAUCCGCACCAGUCUCGCCGCAAUUUUAUCAACAACCGAUCCCAAAAAUGUACGUACCAACACCAAAGGUAAAUGGUCCCACAUUGGUGUCAAAUAAUUACCAUGUUCCCCAGCAAACCUUCGAUGCGGAUGCCAACUCGCGACCGGACACACCAAUGCAUUUCAGUCCCAAAAUAAGUCACAACAAUCCGCCAAUGCCUGUCAGUACGGCUUGGCCAGUGAGCUACCGGUCUACAACAAUGAAUCCAAAGUUUGCUCAUACAAAACCGAAUGAAGCAAGUCACAACAGUAAAAAAGAUUCAACACACCAACACACUUCUUGGCGUCCAACACACAAAACGAAUACACGGCCUACUACUGCAAUACCAAAGAGAGUGGAGACGGCUGACCCGUUUCAUGUCCUCCUCCGUUAUCAUGAAACAAGCACUCCACCAUUACCCGUUUCAUCCACUUCUUCAGGAGUCCAAAAAGCAAUGGGAUUAAUAGAUAUUUUGCAAUUGAUAAAUGAACGGAAAAAUCUCGAGCCGGGCAAAAACAGUGUAAUGCCACGUGUAGUAACCAGCAAUUUCUGUGACGAAGAAGCGACGGAAAGGUUUACUCAGUGCGUUGGUGAAAAAGUCAGUACUGAAGAAAUGAAGAGAAGCAGUUUAUUUAUUUCUGCAAAAUAUCUAUCUAAAGAAGAUAUGGAAUCAGUUGUCAAAUUUUUUGAAGAAAAUCAUUCAUCUUGCCAGUCGUUGGUUGUACAGGAUACUGAAGGAAACAUCAAAAUACGGGAAUGCAAAGCCGCUUCUGUACAACAAUCAUCCUGUAUACCUUCAGUAAUGUUGCAACUUGUAAAACACGAUUCUCGUCUAAGAAGCAUUUUAUUGUCUUGUGCUUCGUAAUUUCGAUGAUGAUAAGAUUAAAUAUAUUGAAGCCUAAAAAGUAUGAAUGAACUUCGAUUGUCGAAGUAAUAACUGCAGUAGAGGAACUGCCAAAGAGAAGAAUCGAAGAUUCGGCGUUUUUGUAUAUUUGGCGCCAAAAAACAUUGCAACUUUUACCUGUAUUUGCAUUUAGUUCAAAACUGUUUUGGUAAUACAGUGAAAAGUUCUUGUUUAUAGUCCAAGACUAAGCCAGCAUAAAUAUUAUGCUCUGAUAAUAAACAAUUCAAUAUCGAACAUUACUUGUUUGGAUAAUGACCAACACCGCGGUUAAAGUGCCUAAUGAAGUGUGCCGUUAUAAACCGGAUUGGAAAUGGGCAUCUUCAAAGGUUCCGUGUAUUGCUAUAUUAAUAUUUUCCAAUAUUUUAUUUAUUCCAAAGUUUCAUGUUUCAUUGUUCUUCCUUAUUCUCACUUCCAUUAUUUGACACAGGCAUCUAGAGCUGCCCUUUAUUUUUACCAUGCAAUUUAAUAAAUCAAUUUAUGACA